UUAGUUGUUUCGGAAGGCAAUUUCUUGGUUAUAUUAGGUGUUCUGUGCUUUGUCAGGGCUAAGCGUAUUAGGUGCCUUAGUUUUUUAUAGAAUGUUUAUAAAAGCGUACAUGAUUCAGUUUUCUCUAAUCAAGUGAUUAUUACGUUCUUUUUUGAGACGUUAUACUCGGUUAUUUCCAUUAAUAUAGGUUAUGGAGAGGUCUAAAGGUUCAUCUGGUAGAGGUGGUAAGAGUAAAACUCCUCAAUUUCCUGCAGAUCUUUAUGCACUUGGCUCAAAAAGUACUGCAGAUUCAAAACAGCGUUCAGGAACUCAUCCUCCCAACAAAGUUGUGCCUGGACCUGGAGCAGUUGAUAGAGAAAGGAAAAGAGAAGCAGGUGUAUUAGCACCGACUGUUCCUGCUAAAAAGUCCAAGUUGUCUUCUUCGUUGCUUAGUAGAGGAUCGUCCAACUCUUCAGCAAGUUCUAAUUCAAACACAUCAGAUGCUUGGGAAACUUUAGUGAUCGAAAGUGAACCUCCUGAACUUGUUCCUAAUGUUUUAGAAGCUUUGGAAUCAGAUGAUACUGAUAAAAUGGUUGGGUUUUUGUGCGGAGCUAUAAAAAUGCUCCGUUCCCAGAAGGCUAAGCCCGAUCAAGUUGUUUACCAGAGUAUUGCGUAUCUGGCUAAAAUUAAAAGAAGUUUAUUUUAUAACGAAUACAUUAUAAAUGCUUUGUGUUCUCUUCUGAAGAAAGAAACUGGCCCGUCUGCUUUUAAAAGUUUGAAUGCUAAGAUGACGCCUUCAAUUUAUUAUCUUGUAAUUAACUUGUUUAUUUCUGCAUUCCAGGAUAUAAAAAGGUGGCCAGAAACUUUUAUUAAGAUAUAUCUAGACGAUGCUGGUGGGGACAGAAGUUGGGUUGAUAGUGAAUUCUGCAAAAGUUUUGUAGAUAAUAUAAUUACUAGCUUGAAUACAAAGCCUAUCACAGUGCAGUUACCAGAACCAGCAGGUAGGCCCGAACAGCAGGAAGACGACCUUCCAGAAUUUAGGAUGGCCCUUGGUGAACAGCUUGAAACUGUCACGCCCAUACCGAGGUUUCGUUGGAAUAAAGAAGUAAUUGAAGGCAUUGUUCUAGAUACUGUGAAAGAACAAUUAGCAAGACGACAAUCAAGUGAUUUAAUUAAUCGUAAUUUCCUUAAAAUGUUGACUUCUCUAUGUGGUCUUACAGAAGUUAGGCUUCUGAUUGCCCCAAGACUUGAAGCUUGGUUACAAAACCCUAAGCUUAUGAGACCGGCACAGGAACUUUUAAUGUCAUUAUGCGUUAAUUGUACUGCACACACAAUCAAAGAUGUUGAAAUAAUAAGUAACCUAAUAAAGAUGAGAUUGAAAACUAAAGCUUUAAGCAACUAUUAUCUUCAAUGUAUCAAGGAAUUGAUUUCUGCUCAUUCGGAUAAUUUAAAUACUGUUUUAAAACAUACAAUUUAUAAUGAACUUUCUACUUCUCGAAAUCCAAAUAACAUGGCAAUGCUUGGGGUAAUGUUUCAACAUGAUCCUGACAGGGCAGCACAGAUUUUAGCUGAUAUAUUUCAGGAACUUCUUUUAAAUAGAGAAGAUUAUUUGAGACCUCUGAGAGCAUUAUUAAGAGAACUUGCUAGAGUCUUAAGGUCGGAACUGCGUCUUCAAGAAUUUUGUCGUGGACUCAUGGGUCGUACAGAACCAUUAGCUAGGGAUAUGGAUCACAUUCGGGCCUUUGCAUCAACAAUUGACUUGAUUUCUCUUUGUUUGUUUCUUGCAGUAAUGCCUAAUGCUCGUUCUGACAAAAAAGAUCUGGUUCAAUUGGAAAAGAUGCAGCUAACAAUAGCGAGUAUACAAAGCGAUUGUAUUUGGUGGCUACAGGAUACAGCUAUAAGUAUAUAUAAGCCUUCACCAGCUGAUUUUACACAUGCAUUACAUAAGAUCUUGCUAUUGGAACCACCAGAACAGUAUUAUAAAAUUGAUACCUGGCCUCCAGAGCAAGACAGAACUUUAUUUAUGAGAAUGGCUUCAGAGGUACCCAUCUUAGAGUCAACUAUCGUCACAAUAUUGGCUAUUGGAAUUUCUAAGGAGCUUCCUCUCUCACCUUCUGAGGCCUUUGAUUUGACCGAGCAGAUUGUCAAAAGGGCAGCUUCAAUUCACAACCCAAUCACUCCAGUUUUGAAAGUUGAAAAAUCAAAAAUAUUGGAUCUAGUUUUCAAUUUAUCUGCUUAUCGUCAUCCAGAAAAUAUUGAUUUACCAACAGGUUAUAAACCACCUUCUCUUGCAAUUUCUGCUUUAUAUUGGAAAGGUUGGACAUUAUUAUUGAUACUGAGUGCCCACAAUCCGACAAAAUUUGGAGCUCUUGCAUGGGACAAAUAUCCAACUCUCCGUAUUCUUAUGGAAAUGUGCAUCACCUCGCAUUUUGUUUUCCCUCCAGGAUUUGAUGACUUGCAGAUGUUGAACCUUGAGAAACAGAGUAUAUUACAAUUUGAAUCAUAUCUCGCUGCAGCUUCAACUAAGAUGGAAAUAACUGAAGAAACUUCAUUGCUUGUUCCACAGUUAAUGUCACUAGAUCCUCUUGGCCCUCCAAGGCGCCCCCCUCCAGCCAGCUUGGAAGCUAUAAAAUCUCUUAAUAUUCCUUUACGUCUCGGCCAUUUGUUGUGUCGUUCUAGGGCUCCUGAUUUUCUUUUAGAUAUUAUCCAUCGACAAGGAGCUUCUCAAAGCAUGCCCUGGCUUGCUGAUCUUGUCCACAACUCAGAUGGGGCUUUAAACCAUCUCCCUGUUCAGUGUUUGUGUGAAUUCCUUCUGACGACAGGACAGAAGCAGGAAGGAAUUUACCAGCAGUUACUAGCACACCUUAAAAAUAUCUUGACUGACCCUAAUCAGGACCCUAGCCUUCCAUGCGAUGUCCUUGAUUAUUUCCUUAGAAGGCUGAGUUCGCCUACGAAUAGAGCUUUGGCAAUCAAUGGAUUGAAAUUAGUUUUGUCUCCAUCAGCUGAAGACAUAACCGAUCCAGAUAAAAUAAAAAUCAGUCAAAUAAAAGAUGAUCCAUCAUGGUUAAUGAAGCAACUUCCGAUGCUUCCUCAUUUUCCAACCGCUAGGCUUCAGAUAAUUGAUUCUCUACGAAGUGCUUGUCAGGUGGAAAACGAGCCAGAUCUCAUAACAUCAUACCUGUGCUUCCUGGCUGAGCACGGAGUUGGAGAUCUUGUAGAAAUGGCCGACUUGGUGCUAGAUAUGGCGCAGUUGAUCGUCGAGAGGAGCACUAUAAUGACUUCAAUACUGUCGCCGACAGAUGCUCCCAAUCAAGCAAUCGAAGCUUUUCUCACGAUAUUUUAUACUUAUCUUACCAAAGCAAGAGAACCUCGUAAGGAGAAGUAUACAUGGUCUGAAUCCCAAGAUCAGGUGCUGGUGACUUGGCAGUCAGGCGAAGAGUGCACCGUUCACAUUCUUGUGGUUCAUGCUAUGAUUAUACUCCUUACCUACGGUCCUCAAUCAGUAAGUAUGUGGACUCAUCAAGAGCAAUAUUUCCUUCUUUUGGACACUUGGUUUCCUGAAGACUAUACUAACACACCAAAGGUUAGUCACCCGAAUCAUUUACUACCUGGAUUCCUUGUUGACACUUCUGAGGAAGCUUUAUUGAUACCUGAUUGGCUGAAACUGAGAAUGAUCAGAUCUCAUGUUCCAAGAUUGGUCGAAGCUGCUCUUACAGAUCUAGAAAUCAGUCAAUUAAUUUUAUUCAUCCAGUCGUUUGGCAUACCUAUAGCUUCAAUGAGUAAGUUAUUAUCUACACUUGAUACGGCUGUUAUAUCAGACCGUCUCGCUGUUGGAGAAGCUGUGAUUGAUAAACAUUAUAUGAUGCAACUUGUAGAAGUACAGCACAAGCGAGGUGCUGUAGGAGGUGAAACAUUUAUCAGAAUUCUAGAUCUUCAAGAACGUUCCGUUCCAAUGGAAGUUGAACCUGUUCAGGUGAAGAAAGAAAAAGUAAUUAAAAGAUUUAGAUCGGAGCCUGUGUAUCUGACUGACGAAGAAGGUGUUGCAGCCCUUGAAAAAAUUUUCAGCCCCAAUUCUGGGUUAUAUGAACAGAAGAAUAAAAAGAUUAUUUUUACACAUCUCCAAAGGACACUCGUUCAUGAGAUGAGGGCUCAAGAUGGUAAACACCGCUCCUUUCUGAAAGAAGUAAUGCGAUAUCUUCUUAAAAAGGUCACCAUAGAUAAAGGCUUUGUUCACCAGAUACUUGCUAAACCACAAUUUUCUUGUCCUCUUUUCCGCCUUUUAACUACUUUACAUCCAUACUCGACAAGUUUGACAAUUUUAGCAAAGGCAAUUUUGGAAACAGGAUUCCCUUAUCAAAAACCUAAAGCAUUAGUAGACCUGUUGAAUCAGUAUGUUAACAAGCAAGAGAGUAAGAUGGAAAAGGAAAAAGUGAAAAGAAAUGACGUUCCAUUCGAUCAAAAUAUGAACGCAUUGACUAAAACUAUUGAAAAAUUAAUGAUCACACCCAGCUCGGAAACUGGAAUGCUUAUAGAUAAAUUAGUGAGAUUGGAGCCAGAAAUAUUAGGAGGUUCUUUAAUGGAAUUACAGAUGAAAUUAUUGUUUUCCUCUCGGGAAAUUGGAACUCUUCAAUGUCGGCCUUAUUUAUUAACGCUCCUAACGCAUCAUGCAAGCUGGAAUACAUUAAGUGAAUGUGUGGAUUUGUUACUCCAGAUGGAAUCUCUCCAUCAGUUUGAUCCUACACCCGUUUUAGAUUACUUGAAAGCUCUUACAUGUAAUCCAAAGCUAUGGCAAGGAAGGGAGAAACAUACUGCUAAGCAUUAUAAACCUGAAAAUGUUCUUAAUCUCAGCGUUUCUCAGUUGAAAUGCAUGACAGAUUACGUAGUUGCUGAAGGAAUUCAAUUAGAAAAGGACAAGACUUGUGGCUUGGCAAACCACAUCGCAAACAGGCUAUCUUUUCUUGAAAAUUGCAUCAGAGCAACAGAUAUAGAGGUUACAGUAGAGAUUGCUAAACAUCUUAUGGAUCGGCGUUUCUUAUCCAGGGAGGAAAUUGAAAUGAGCCAUAAAUUACUUGUUCAAUUAUAUAUGAGGAUACCUAGUUUUAUUUCACAUUUGAAAGAAUCGGAAGUUUUGAAAAUUUUCUUUAAAUAUGCGAGUAUAUCAGUUAAUGGAACAAGCACUAUGGAUGUCCUCUCACAUAGCCUGUUGACUGCUUUAGCAGCAACUCCUAGUAACAAAGAAUGGCCAAAGAGAGCUGUAGAACUGGAACUGGCUGUUCGGAAAAUGGCUGCUAGUCAUCCCCUAUUGGUUCUCAGGCAGUUGCCAUUGAUUGCUUCUGCAUUGAAAGGCCGUGUUGAUUUAGACUGGAAUGCUUUGAAAUUCAGGAAUCAUCUACUUUUUUUUCAACAGACAGCGACACUUCUUGAUCUGUUACAACCCCUGAUUUUUCAAUCAGAAUAUUCGACACCUCUAUAUAAAAUAUUAGAUAUUUAUUUUGAAUUAUUCCAGAAUCAUGGGCGAGACGGAGGAUCAGCUGUAGGAGCCCUUAUUACUCAAGUAGUUUUGUUCUUACAUAAUUAUAUCAAAAAGAGUUCUAAAAAUGCUAAAGAAUAUCUUCAAUUUCAAGCAGAAGCUAUCAGUGACCUUCAAAGUGAAUAUCCGAUCAUGGGAACAUUGUGUGUUGUUGUCGCUAAUCUGAAGGGAACUCCUGAAGUCAUCUUAACACCAUCAAAUAUUUCAGAUCAAACUAAUACUCAGUGGGAUACUAAAGUUGCUCAACUUCAGAAAGAUGAUCCCAUUGCCUCCCUUUCUUUCAUCGACUAUAGCAGUGGUAAACGACCUUCAGUGAUCGGCCCUGUAUUUUCAAUGGUUUUAAGUUACCUCUCCUCUCCAAUCUCUCAAAUUCGAAACCAUGCAAACACACUUGUUGUGCGCUAUAUCAAACAAAACCCUAAGUCGGCUAUUGAAGCUCUUUCUACAUUCAUGGACUGCCUCAAUUCCAAAAACCCCGAUGUUGUUGCUUCCGUGUUAGAUAGGGUACCUGAACUCGUUGUGUGUUCCCAAGAAAUUGCUUUGCCUCUUCUUCGAAAUGUCUUUAGGCUUGGUGUCAGUAAAAAUCUUAACUCUAUGAAUUGUCUGUCAAAAGCUAUUGCAUUGUUGAACUUACAAUCUGGCUGUUGAUGUAGAUAUUUCUCAUAAAAUGAAUGUUAUGUAUUGCCAAAAUAUUUUUGUAUAGAAUAUGAAAAUGUAAUGUAAAUAUUUUAUUAUAUUCCAGUUUCCAAGUUUAUUUAAAAUUAAAAGUAGUUGUGUAA